AUGUCAACAGUCGGAAAAGGAAAAGGAAGCAGAGGAAAGGCAGCAAGCGCAACUAAGACCUCAAGAUCCCAAAAAGCAGGUCUUCAAUUCCCAGUCGGUCGUAUUUCAAGAUUCAUGAAACACGGAAAAUAUGCAGAAAGAGUAGGAGCAGGAGCACCAGUUUAUCUUGCAGCAGUUCUUGAAUACUUACUACGUCUCUCUAUUUGAUAUUUGGAUAAAUUAUUUGUAAGCAUAAUUAUUUUUUUUCUACUUAUAUUCAAUAUAAAUUUAUUUAUGUAAAAUUAUUUUAAAAAAUUUAUAUUUUUCUCUCGCAGAGUUAUAGCUCAUGAACCUUUAUGGAUCGAACUCAUUGAAAAUGUAACCGCUCAAUGAACUCCACAUUAGACCAAAUCCCUCACUAUUUAGAGAAAUAUUCAGAUUAUAAAAAAAUUCUCUAGUUCAAUAUUCUAUUUUUUUUUAAAUCAUUUUAAAAAUAUUUCUAACAGUAGUAUGAAGCUCGGCAAAAUAAGGCAGGGCAUUAUUUUAAAAUCAAAACAGCCCUUCUCUCUUCAUGCUUUAAAAGUGGGUAAUUUCGCGGCAAAAUGGCUUUGGCCCAAUUUGGUAAUUCUAAAAGGGACUAGCCAAAAAUGGUUGACAAAUGUAACCAAUUUGACAAGUAAACGAGCCAAUUUUUAAAAUGGGGCUUAUCAUUAUUUUUUUGAACUAGUUUAAAAACUAGAGAAUUUUUAUUAUAAUCUGAAUAUUUCUCUAAAUAUUGAGGGUCUGGUCUAAGAUGUACAAGAUGCGAAGUCCAUUGAGCGGUUACAUUUUAAAUGAGGUCAAUCAAAAAGGCUCAUGAGCUAUAGCCGCUGAAGUCUUAGAACUUGCAGGAAAUGCAGCAAAAGACUAACCCAUUGAAGCAAAUUUUAUAAUAAAUAUUUAAAUUAUUUUUAAUAUUUUUAAACAUAAAUUGUCUAUUUAUAUGAGGAGUAAGGUCGACAUAUGAAAAUAUACAAAUUAAUUUAUUUUAGCAAUAAAUAUAUUUAUAAUAGAAAAUAUUGCAAAAUGAUUUUUUUCUUAAAUUAAAAAAUAAAUUUUCAAUCCGCACCUUACAAGAAAACUAGAAUUGUUCCAAGACACAUUCAAUUAGCAAUCAGAAACGACGAAGAACUAAACAGACUUAUGUCAAACGCAAUUAUUGCUAGUGGUGGUGCAGUACCAUUCAUCCAUCAAGCUUUAUUACCAGUACCUGGUAAAGACGAGAAAGAAGGAGGAGCAACCCAAGAGCUAUAA